ACUCGACGUGCUUUUAUCUCCAGUCAAGAUUUAUCUUAUUUUUUUAUUUUUAUUUUUUUUCCAGCGAAACGCAGCAAUGUGAAGAUUCGUUUUUGUUUUCUUUUGACACUUAUCACGUAUUUACGCGUUUUUACUUUGACUUGGAGAGCGGCGGGAGAGUGCCCGGAUGGACUGUCAUGGCCGCCCGUCGCUGCGGUUCCACAAUGAGGAGAAAAGGAAGGAAAAUGUUCCUCUUGUGUCUUUUUCUCGGCGUCGUGCUCCUUCUGUGAUGACCGGCGUUGACCGUACCCAGCCCGGACAUCCUUCGGCUUCCUCCUAUUGCUGGCUUCCCACCUAUGGACGAAGACCUUAGAAUAUCUCGGUAUUCUGCCAAGAAGUACAGCAUGUCAGUUGUAAGCGAGGACCGUAAAGGACAUUUCAAGGAGGUAGCACUCCAUAGUCUGAGCGCUACAGAUGGACCAUCUGUCAAGCCAUACAGUUCCACCAGGAGAGCCAAUUACAGAAUUCAGCAAGGAGCUGUUUUUUCUGGAAACAUUUUGAGCUUUGGCUGCUCUGCGUGUAAAGAUGAUUCUACAUACAGUCCUAAUGAUCUCCUAAAACACUUUCAGGCGGUCCACAAUGGGAUGUUGCCGACUUACCCUUGUGACCUGUGUUGCUUUGUCACACAUGAGUUUUCCGUCCUUCAACGCCAUCGCAUUGAGCACAAGAACACUUUAGUCACAUGCGAGCUCUGCUCUGAUGACGUGCAAUAUUCUCUGCUGUUGCUAACGAGACAUUACAUCAUGUGUCACAGUCGUGACGGAAAGUUUCACUGUGACUGGUGUGAGUUCACAACUGUGGACGCUGGGACUUUUGUCCAGCACAUCCAUCAUCAUAAGGAGAGUACCUGGAAAUGUUCCAAAUGUAGACAUGUUAGCCUGACUAAAGCGGAUUACCAAAAGCAUCUAAAAGUGCACAAGAUGACGGUUCCCCGCAUUUGUCAAAUCUGUGGAUAUCGCGCAACAACAAUCAAGCAGCUCAAAGGACACACCUCCACUUCUCACAAGGAAGCCUUAGAGCGAACAAAUCAUCGGAAGACUUCACAAGAUAGCGUCACUACCGUACGCUCCUCUCCAACCAGGAUAUCAAAGUUAUGUGGUCUUAAUGGGAAUAGUACAAAUAAACCGGAGAUUGUUGCUGGGUCACCAUGGACAGGCGACAACAAUUGUGGCAAAGCAUCUUUUACUGCGGAGAAACCCACACAUGCGAUGAUCCAGCAAAAUGAGAGUUCAACAAGUUCAGACUGUGGAUCUCCAACCCGUCCGAAUGCUUUAACAGUAUUAAGGGUGAAGAAUAAAAUAUCUCUUCCCCCAAACUGUACGACAAAAAUGAUGGGAUUUAAGAUGGUUGACGGGAAAAAACAUAUAGUUCUCAAAGUAAUACCAACAUCAAAGCAGGACAUGCCCAGUCAAGACAAUUCAUCAGUUGAAAGUCUGGACACAUCCGUUGUAAAUUCUGCAUUUGAUAAAAGUGAAAACUCGGCUGGCAAAACCUCAGCAUCAUAUAGCUCGGCCGUUUUACCAAUAAGUGGAUCUUCCAUACUAACAGAAGACAUUGUGGCAGUUAAGGUUAAAGUUGAGGAUGAAGAAGCAUCAGUUUGCACAUUUGAUCCUCCUCUUCACGGUGAAUAUGCAGGAAAACAAAGUACUUUUACUGUAAACGGUUCUUCAACAUCAAACCAUGAAGCAUCAUACCCAACGUCAAAUAAUGUAAAUCAUGUCGGCAGCCCAAAUUCCCAAAGAAAGACAACUUUCUCCGACAUACACAUGUUAGACAGUAAGUCAACUUCUUGCACUACAUCGAGAAGUGGCUUUAAAGCCUCUAAUACCUGUGCCGGAAAGUUCUCCAAUAGUCCUUCAAAUGUCUCUCAGGAGUUACUGAAUGAUAAACCAACUUGCAUUCAUGCAGAGACUAGUGGAGGUGCGGAUGAAAGUGGAAUUCCUCAGACGGGAAAUGAUACAUUUAUUGAGGAACGCAAAGACACCUCUACCGAUAUUACAGUAGAUUCCGGCCAAUGUGCACCAAGCACUGUGAGUACCAGGACUAAACACUGUAAUCAAAAUUGUGAGACGCAAUUGGUAAAUUUGGCUAUGCCGUCAGAGAUGUCGUCAUCUACGAUAUUGGAAUGUGGCUCGCUCGCACAAAAUUCUCUAAACCACAAAGUAUUCGAUUUUCACAACUAUUCCAAAGAAGCCUUUAGUACCUCAAUCACCUCACGUCAGAGGAGUAGUAGCAUGUCUGAAGUCACAGCAGAGCAAGAAAGUUCUAGCAGUUCUAGCUCGGCUGGGUCUUCAGCGACUUUGGAGGAUGGUCACAUUGGAGAAGAUGCUGAUGACUCACCAUUUGGUGAUGAAAACUCAGAGUUGGUGCUAAAAGAUUUUAAUGUUAUAAAGAUUGAGGAGGAAAUUGUUCCCGUGUCUUCUGGAACAAAGACUAGAUCACCCGCUCUGGGCGAUGUUGAGGAUCUCGAUGAGGAACAAGAUGAACCUUUUGUAUGUAAUGAUUCCUCUGAACCAACACAAGCUACUCCACAAGUUUUUCAGAAAGUGCUAAUGAAUGAUCAACGUGCCAUGCCAAAGCAGCUCCAGGCCACUGCAGGUUUUAAGCUUAUUACUAAUUUUGUAAGUCCUCAAAUCAAUGUAUCAUAUAUGAAGUCUGGGCUUUCAACAUCAAACAAAUCUACUGGGGGAACUGUUCCCCCAAAAGGAAGAAGAAUAGGGACUUUAAUGGCGAGAGGUAAUGAAAAAGGCACAGCACUCAUUUCUGGCGUCAGCCCUUCUCCAAAUCAUUACCUCAUCAAUAGCCCCAUCCUUGCCAGUGCAGCACCUGAUAAUUCCACGGACAACUUAGCUCAUACUCAAUCCACCUGCUACUUGGUUCCUAGGUCGGUUCCUUUAGUUCAGGCCACAAGAAGUGCAGCCCUCAAGCUGGCUAAUGCUAAACAGCCACUGAACCUCAAAUCGGUCCUGGCCAUGCAACCGAGUCAUUUGCAAAACGGUCACCAAGCAUUUUUGCUACGGUACGCCUCUCCGUCAAAGUCGGGCAUACUUGUCAACGAUCAAGAAGUGAGUCAGCCACGCCAAACCAGUGAAAGAAAUGGAAACAAGAUUAUAUUUAAAAUUGUCAGUCCAACAACAGGCCUGUUUCAAGGUACCCCUUCCACCUCAAGUGGUCACCCUAUUUUUUGGGCCACCACGCCGCCAAGUCAUUGUUUUCUUAUGUCUUCAAACAAAACAAACGCAAAUGCCUCUGACAGUCUAAAAAAGACCAUCAGCGUGCACAAUCUAUCAGAAAACACUGUCAAGGACGUCGUACCCGGUCAGUUGACUGCAGGGGUGCAACCAGAGGAAGCCGACAAGCCAAUACUCGCCCCAAGGCCAAUUAGACCUCCAAGUCAAAGAAAAAGGCGCAGGAAACCAUUAUUUGAUGAGCUUCCGACAACAGGGCAUAAGGCAAGAAGGCUUACACACAAAGUACAAACUGAGAAAGACUCUAUUGUGUUGUGGAAUCCUCCGGCAAAAGCAGUUGAAAGAACCUUAAGACUCGCCCCGUUCAGCUGUCGACAGGAAAUCAAAUGCCCCCGUCGAGAUCAACCUGUCGUGGUGCUCAAUCAUCCCGACGCCGACAUUCCCGAAGUGGCCAACAUUAUGAAGGUCGUUCACAGACAUAAAGGCGCCGUUGCAAAGGUGUUGCUGUCUCAGAAAACAACGGAAGCCCUAUCUGAGCUUGGCGCUCGGGAGGAAAGGACCUCGACCAGCAAAAGGGAUCACCCGAGACCAGUUGAGAGUCUUGUCCGAGAACGUUUCCUCCUCAGACUAAAACUGAGGAAAAAAAGCAAAAAGAAAUAUGAAGUCAUGAAACGCUUAUCAGGUGGGAGACAACAAUCGGUGUUUGAGUGUUGGUUCUGUGGUCGCCUGUUCAACAGCCAAGAAGAUUGGAUUGGACAUGGUCAGCGACAUCUCAUGGAAGCAACGAGAGACUGGAAUCAACUUUUUUGAAAGUUUUCUAUCAUAUUUCAAUGGUCCAAACAGUUAAAAACUCGUAGUUAUAACAUAGUUGUAUAUAUUUUUAUCCUUUCACUAUGAUAUUUUAUUUUCUCUGUAUGUUUUAUUCGGGAAAUAGUUAUUUCAUUGGUGCUUUUUUUAGACAAUGAUGUUGGCAUGACGGCAGUCAUGCACAGGUCACUUAACUGUGAAUAUGGUACACUGUAAUUUAUUAAGUUUUGUUAAAACCCUUUGCUUAACUUUCCUCUUGUGUUAGCUUUCUGUUACCAUCGCUUACGUUAAUGGGUUGGUUUUGACCCAUGUCUUAAAGGCCUACUGAAACCCACUACUACCGACCACGCAGUCUGAUAGUUUAUAUAUCAAUGAUGAAAUAUUAACAUUGCAACACAUGCCAAUACGGCCGGUUUAGUUUACUAAAUUGCAAUUUUAAAUUUCCCGCGGAGUUUCUUGUUGAAAACGUAGCGGAAUGAUGACGCGUGCGCGUGACGUCACGGACUGUCAGGAAAUAUUAGCUCAGCACCAGUUACGGCUAAAAGUCGUCUCUUUUCAUCGCAUAAUUACACAAUUUGCACAUCUGUGUUGCUGAAUCUUUUGCAAUUUGUUCAAUUAAUUAUGGAGACUAUAAAGAACAAUGCUGUUGGUGGAAAGCGAUGUAUUGCAGCUGCCUUUAGCACCGAGACACAGCCGGUGUUUCUUUGUUUUUAAAGGGGAACAUUAUCACAAUUUCAAAAGGGUUGAAACCAAUAAAAAUCAGUUCCCAGUGGCAUAUUUUAUUUUUCAAAGUUUUUUUCAAAAUUGUAUCCAUCAUGAAAUAUCCUGAAAAAAGGCUUUAAAGUGCCUGAUUUUCGCUAUCUGUAAAUCCACCCGUCCAUUUUCCUGUGACGUCACUGCGUGACACCAAUACAAACAAACAUGGCGGAUAGAACAGCAAGAUAUAGCGACAUUAGCUGGGAUUCAGACUCGGAUUUCAGCGGAUUAAGCGAUUCAACUGAUUACGCAUGUAUUGAAACCUAUGGUUGGAAUGUGAAGGCAGAUAGCGAAAACGAAAUUGAAGAAGAAACUAAAGCUAUUGAGCGAAUAGCUACUGAAGCUAUUCGGCGAUCGCCUUCUAACCAACGAUUGCAUCUUUUGACCACUGGAGCAAUUUAAAUCCGUCGAUUGGUAAGUGUUUGUUUGGCAUUAAAUGUGGGUGGAGGGAAAGGCUGGAUGCAAAUAUAGCUACAAAUGUACAUACAGCUAGCCUAAAUAGCAUGUUAGCAUCGAUUAGCUGGCAGUCAUGCUGUGACCAAAUAUGUCUGAUUAGCACAUAAGUCAAUAACAUCAACAAACUCACCUUUGUGAUUUCGUUGACUUUAUCCUUGUAAAUGCAUCUGCUUUGAGUGUCGCAGGAUAUCCACACAUUCUUGCCAUGUCUGCCAUGUUAGCUCCACGUAAGACAACUUGAAUCCAUCUCUGAUGGUGUUGUUACACCCACCGACAACACACCGACGAGGCAUGAUGUCUCCAAGGUACGGAAAUUGCUUCCCAUUGUAACGUCACGGGUGAAAGGUCAUCGCUCCGACAGCGAACAAUUGAAAGGAGUUUAAAUCGCCAAAUUCACCCUUUUAGAGUUCGGAAAUCGGAUAAAAAAACAUAUGGUCUUUUUUCUGCAACAUCAAGGUAUACAUUGACGCUUACGUAGGUCUGGUGAUAAUGUUCCCCUUUAAUACAGAGCGGUCAGGCGAACAUGUUUCUCUGCAUCAACCAGCAUGUGGAAAAUUGUGAUAAUCUUACCGGAGACAUCAUUGGAUUAUUUGUCCUCCUGCAGUAGCUGUUUAAAAGGCAGCUGUGAGCUUGGCUCCUCGGCUUCUCUCUGAGACACUGCAUGUUCACCGCAGCCAUCCGACCUCGAGGUAUGUCUUUACAAUGUCACUAAAACACUAUUUAAACAAUAAGCAGAUAAGGGAUCUUCCAGAAUUAUCCUAGUAAAUGUGUGUAAUUACAUCUGAAACGCUCACACUGCCGGAGCCGUCACUUUUUAUUUUAUUUUAUUUUUUUCUAGUCCUUCGCUAUCAAUAUCAUCAUCCACGAUUCUUUCAUCUUCGCUCAAAUUAAUGGGGAAAUUGUCGUUUCCUAGGUUCGAAUAGCUCUUGCUGCUGGUGGCUCCCAUUAUAAACAAUGUGAGGACGUGAGGAGCCCUCACACUUGUGACGUCAUCGUCUGCGACUACCGGUAAAGGCGAGGCUUUUUUAUCAGCUCCAAAAGUUGCAAACUUUAUCGUCGGUUAUGUACUAAAUCCUUUCAGCAAAAAUAUGGCAAUAUCGCAAAAUGAUCAAGUAUGACACAUAGAAUGGACCUGCUAUCCCUUUUUUAAAUAAGAAAAUCUCAUUUCAGUAGGCCUUUAAAUCUGCUGUAAAAUCCACUAAAAACUAUCCAAUUUAUUUCUCAUCUAAUGGUUACCUUGUUAGGCUUCCUUAUCCAUGAAAAUAUUGGUUUUGAUAUUUUUGGUGUGUGCCAUUGGGCCUUUUUUUUUGUCAGUACACCCCUCGAUUUCAAUUCAAAAAUAGUAAAAUUAACCUCAAGAUAAUCGUAUAAAUAAAUAAAAGGUCUUUGUGUUACCUAACGAUUACUGAGAGGUAUUAAAUCAAAUCAACUUUAUUUAUAAAGCACAUUUGAAAUUUACCACAGGAGUCGCCAAAGAGCUGUACAAUGGGCAGGUUAAAAGAUAAUACGAGAACCGGGCAAACAACACAACACAAACAGAACAUGAUGAAAAAAAAUAAAAUAAAACAUAAAAACAGGUUCACAUUAGGUGUAUAAUGGGGCGCCAUUGCAGGGUGGAUAUCACUCAGUGUUAAAAGCCAAGGAAUAAAAGUAUGUUUUUAAGAGAGAUUUAAAAACAGGAAGAGAGGAGGCUUGUCUAACACUCAGAAGUAGGUCGUUAGAACACUUCUCUUAAAAAAUAUGUUUCAUCUCUUUUUGUUAUUUUAAUAAUGUUACACUGAAUUGACCUCACAUGUCUGGACAUGCUGGCAGAGGAGCUGGCUGUCCGUGUGUUCAGUUUUGGCUCUAACUAUUGUUUUUAAUAAGCUUAUUUUUUAUAAGUGGGUCAAAACCGACGCCAAAGUCAAAAUUUCAACCAGAGCAUUUUAAAAUUUAGUGGGGUUAAAAAAAAAAAAGUUUUAUUUUGUUGAAAUAAAGGUUCCUGACAAAGUCAAAAAGCCUUGAUGCAAAAAAAUAAGUUAUUUUAUGCAUUUAAAAACUAAAAGGGAUCGAUGCCAACCCUAACACAAGACGAAGGUUACAAAGUGUGUGCGGGGGAGGGGGGGGUAGUUGUCAUUUCUCAGGUCUGCUUUGUAGAUUUUGCUCAUUGCUUUAGUGUAGUCCAGGGGUCACCAACCUUUUUGAAACCAAGAGCUACUUCUUGGGUACUGAUUAAUGCGAAGGGCUACCAGUUUGAUACACACUUUGAUACCCAAUUUGCUCAAUUAACCUUUUAUAAAUAAAUCUGUCUGUCAUUCCGUCGUACAUUUUUUUCCUUUACAGAAGGUUUUUUUGUAGAGAAUAAAUGAUGAACAACUUGAUUGAAUGGUUUAAAAGAGAAGAAAACAAGGAAAAAAAAUAGAAUACAUUUUUUAAACAUAGUUCAUCUUCAAUUUCGACUCUUUUAAAUUCAAAAUUCAACCGAAAAAAAGAAGAGAAAAACUAGCUCAUUCGAAUCUUUUUGAAAAUAAUUGAAAAAAUAAUUUAUGGAACAUCAUUAGUAAUUUUUCCUGAUUAAGAUUAAUUUUAGAAUUUUAAUGACAUCUUUUAAAUAGGUUAAAAUCCAAUCUGCACUUUGUUAGAAUAUAUAACAAAUUGGACCAAGCUAUAUUUCUAACAAAGACAAAUCAUUAUUUCUUCUACAUUUUCCAGAACAAUUUUUUUUUUAAGAAAUUCUAAAGAUUUUCUAGAUUACCCAUAAUAUUUGUUUUGGAUUUUAAUCAUAAUAAGUUUGAAGAAAUAUUUCACAAAUAUUCUUUGUCGAAAACACAGAAGCUAAAAUGAAUAAUUUAAUUAAAAUGUAUCUAUUAUUCUUUACAAUAAAAAAAAAAUACUUGAACAUUGAUUUAAAUUGUCAGGAAAGAAGAGGAAGGAAUUUAAAAGGUAUAUGUGUUUUAAAAAUCCUAAAAUCAUUUAUAAGGUUGUAAUUUUUUCUCUAAAAUUGUCUUUCUGAAAGUUAUAAGAAGCAAAGUUAAAAAAUAAAUGAAUUUAUUUAAACAAGUGAAGACCAAGUCUUUAAAAUAUUUUCUUGGAUUUUCAAAUUCUAUUUGAGUUUCGUCUCUCUUAGAAUUAAAAAUGUCGAGCAAAGCAAGACCAGCUUGCUAGUAAAUAAAUAAAAUUUAAAAAAUAGAGGUAAGUGCUACUAUUUGAGCUAUUUUUAGAACAGGCUACUCAUCUGGUCCUCACGGGCUACCUGGCGCCCGCGGGCACCGCGUUGGUGACCCCUGGUGUAGUCCAAAGUGUUGAAAUACUUUAUCAUCACAAAAUAUGUUUUUAUGUGUAUCUUUAUUUUGUUUUUAUGGCGAAUGAAUGAUUUCACGAAGUUUAACAUGGCGACCAUAUUUGAACAAGUAGUUUACAGUUUCCUUGUCCUGCUUUUGCAAAUAGACAGUUUCCAUAGACCGCUAUGGCAAACAUGUAACACUAACAGGGAUGCUCACUUGUACUUGAAUACAAAACCCAUUGUACACCCUAUGCAAUUUCCACAAAAAUGAAUACCAAACAUUGUUGUCAACCACUCAA